GAGUAAAGUUCUCCAAAAUUUAAAUUUUGUACCUUAAUACCUCCCAGUUUUAUUCACCGAAACUCAAAAUGGAUAAGAGUAAAGAGAAAGAGGAGCAGAGUAUCAUGGAUAAGUCCAUGAGAUCUGUUUUUGUUGGCAACAUACCCUAUGAAGCAACAGAGGAAAAAUUGAAAGAUAUAUUCAGUGAAGUUGGCCCUGUAUCAUCCUUUAAAUUGGUAUUUGAUAGAGAAACUGGUAAACCCAAAGGGUAUGGGUUUUGUGAGUACAAGGACCAAGAAACUGCUCUUAGUGCAAUGAGAAAUCUUAAUGGGUAUGAGAUUGGUGGUCGUUCCCUUAGAGUGGACAAUGCCUGUACUGAAAAAUCGCGGAUGGAAAUGCAGGCUUUAAUGCAGGGGCCACAGGUAGAAAAUCCAUAUGGCGAUCCAGUGGAGCCAGAGAAGGCUCCAGAAGCCAUUAGCAAAGCCGUUGCCACUCUACCACCAGAACAAAUGUUUGAACUUAUGAAACAGAUGAAGCUCUGUGUCCAGAAUAAUCCAAAUGAAGCCAGAAAUAUGUUGCUACAAAAUCCUCAGUUGGCAUAUGCAUUAUUACAGGCGCAAGUUAUAAUGAGAAUUGUUGAUCCUGCCACUGCUGUAAGCAUGUUACAUCCAAGUAACCCAGUACCUCCUGUUCUUCAACCAGGCGACAAACCACCACCACAAAAUCCUUAUAUUCCAAACAACCCUCCACCAGCACCACAGCAGUUACCUUCGCUCCUUAGCAAUCCAGUGCCGCCUCCUAAUCAAUUUGCUCCUCGGCCGACGAUGGGUGACGUGGACCUGCGCGGGCAGUCGCGGAACGCUAACGUGGAACGCGGAGCGGCGGCGGCUCCGGCAACGGCCGCGGGGACUCCGCUGCUGGACCAGGACAUGCGCAGCCUGCCGCCCAUGGUACCGCAUCCCGUGCCGCCACCACCCGCGCCCCACGUCCAAGACGCUGGUUUUCCGCGGGACCCUCGACUGGCCAAUAUGCCGUUCAACUCGGAUCCACGGAUGCGAACCAACGAUCCAAGGACGCAGGCAAAAGCACCACAACAACAAUUGCCACCGGGCAUGCCGAGUGUCGCGCAGGCUAGGACUAUCCAGGGUAUACCCUCAGGUGCAUCAGAUCAGGAAAAGGCGGCGUUGAUAAUGCAAGUGCUGCAACUGUCGGACGAACAAAUUGCGUUGCUACCACCCGAGCAGCGCGCCAGCAUCCUUAUGCUCAAGGAACAAAUUGCGAAGAGCACCCAGCAACGUUGAAUGGAGUAUUUAAUACGUUUAAACAUUCAACCCUCAUUGUGAAUCUGCUAAUCGUUUUUGUAAGCUUUCAACUACAUGAUUUAAUUAAAAUAGAUUAU